AUAUAUCAGAAAGCGUCACCUUGAGCCUAAACGCACCGUUUCGUUGUCUCUGAAAUCUCAGACUCUCAAUUUUCGAAGCUGAAGCGUCGAUUCAAAAUGUGCAGCGAUUCAAAUCUGACGAAGCUUCACCGUCUGAUUGACGAUUCUCUCCGUUCGUACACAGAACCAGAUGUCGUUUCGGUAGCGAAAGAGAGAGAAAUUCUGGUCAGUCUCUCUCAGAUUCUUCGGCAAGUGAAGCUCUGGAUUGGAGAAGUUGAUUCCGAUUCUGAUAAUGGAGUGGUGAUUGGAUUGGAUUUUGAGAAUGAGUGUAUGUGUCUGAGUAAAAUCUUAACUCACAUGAUUGUUUUGCUAACAGUGGAGAGUCAAUAUGUGAAGCAUCUGGCCUGCAAUGUUCUAGCUGCUGUCUCCGAAUUCGUGGCGGCUUCGGGAAGCCACUGGGAUGCCUUUAUUCGUUUGUUGUGUGAUUGUAUGGAUUUGGCAAUCACUGCGGCAGUUUCAUGUUCUACAUCGACUUUGGCAACUGGAGCUAGUGAUCUUUGUUUUAGUUCAUUGAGUUUAAUUCUCGUGCUAAAACCUAAGGUGAAAAAUGGUGACUGGUCUGUAGCGGCUGGUGUUGUUCGGGUGCUACGUGAUAUACUGAAGUAUUUGAAGUCUGAGGAUGAUGACGAACUUGUUGAAGUGUUCAUUGAGGCUGUUAAUUCUUUUCUUUCAACAGUGCCUUGGGAUUUAUUGCAUGAGAUUCGUGUUGGUCCAAAUGCUGAUGCUCUGAAAUGCUCCAGGGCAGAUGUUUCAUUCCAAAGAACCUUGUUUCUAGGAAACUUGAUUCAGUUUCUCUGUUCCUUGGUCGAGCAAGGCGGUGUUGUCGAUGCUCCAGGUGGAUCUCUAGACAAGCAUCAUCCAGUGUUUUCUAGAAUCAUCAAGCUUGUACCGAAGCUUUUACGUUUAUGCCUUGGGGAGCAAGCGGAUUGUGUUAUCUCUAACAACUGCAUCUCUCAAUACUUUAAACACAAGUUAUUGGUGCUAAUGAUCAGGCUCAUUGUCCAAACUUGUCCAGAAUCCUCAAUUCUUGUUUCAUGGUUGCAACUUAUCCAUUAUUACUUUGAAGAGCUUUUGCGGCAACCCAUUUCUACCCUGGAGUGUAAUCAGGAAGAUUGUUUGGAAGGCUCUCCAUUUCUAUCCAGUGUUUCUGAUUCAGAAGUAAAUAGUCUGUCUUCUCGCCAUCUGCAAAGACAGGCUGUGUUCCUUUUUCUGAGGUGUUCUUUUAGUUUGAUUAACUCAAAUGGAGGCACUAACAGAAAAUGUGCUUGUGCAAGUUGGAAUUUAUGCUUGGACUAUGACUCAAAUGCAGAGUUGCAGUGUUGUGGAAGAAAGGAAGGACUGUUGGAGCUUAAUAACUGGCUUCAAGGACAUCUUCCAACUGAUAUGUUAGUGGACCUUGAAAUGUAUUUUGAAAAAUGUGCAGACUUUGCCAAAUCCUUCCUCCAACUAUAUAUCAAAGAGGAUGAUGUAUUAUUCAGAGUGCUCUUGCAAUUGCUUUGUGUACCUUGUCCUGCAGAGAAACAGUUUGAAGAGGAAAGGGGAUCAUUUCAGGAUUCAAAGGGCAAUGUGCUUUUCUUUGUCUCAGAUCUUUUCAAUCCUGUACUCUUAUUCCAUCUAUUUCUUGUAGAGUUAAGCUAUGACCAUCAGGUGCUUCUUGAUUACCUUAUUUCAAAAGAUACUGGAAUCAGUUGUGCAGAAUAUCUUUUAAGGUGCUUGCGUAAAGUGUGUGAUUCAUGGAGCUUAUUUGUGGAAUUUCCACCGAGUGGACAAGCUAUAAAUCGAUCAUCUUGCAAGAAAAGAAAAGUUUCAUUGAAUGGGUCGAGUUUCUGUGGAGCAGAUUUGUUUGCGCUAGUGAAAGACUCUGGAGGUUUGUUUCUUGAAGAUGAAUGUGAUGAUGAAAACAAAUAUGAUUUCAAGCACACUCGAGAGAAUUUCCAAAAAGCCAAAGAGUGCUUAAUUUCGUUGAAAAAUUCGAUUGAAAGUCUCCACCAAAAGAAUCUAUUUCCCUACAAUCCUAAUGCUCUUUUGAACCGGUGCGUGUCUUUGGAAUGAGUUCCAUUUUGCUUCUCGGUCAACAAUUAGCCAAUCUAAUCUUAAUGAGGUUUCAGGAACUCUGUUUCGAGGAGGAAAAAUAAACUUGUACAAGGUUGUGGGGACUUUGGAUUACUUCCCAGCAUAAAGUUUUGCAGAGCUCAUUUAUUCCUUUGAAGUUAAAGUCAUAAAAGGAGAUGCUGCCAACCAGUGAGGCCUAGUCUAAAGGUUUUAUGUGAAGAGUUCCACAUAACUGGGAGUCAAAAGGAGUAGGUUUUACGUUGAUAAUUAUUUGGCGUUAAAUCUGAUAUAACAGAUUUCCGUCUUUCAUGAUCCUUCUAGAGUUUUGUUACCAGCUUUUCUAAUUUGCUUUUUUAUUUAUUUUUUUUUUUAUGAUUUCCAUCCAUCUUAUUUUUCUUUUAUAACCUUUUUCAUGAAAUUCUCUGUUUUUCUUUUUGUUAAACUUUUGCAUAAACAACAUAGAUAUGAACUAUUCUAUUUGAUGUGUAAAUAAAGGAGUGUCGGCCCCGAGACUCAUCACCUUCGCAUGUUUAACUUUCUUUGGCUCUAUCUUUCCGAGCAAGAUCAGCAAGUCCUUUGUUAAUUUAAUUCCCUGCUAUUGGAUAAAGGAGGAAUUAACAAGUGGAUGAGUGAGAAUACUCGUAGAUUUAUACUUGGUUCCAAACGACUUAAGCAUUGUACGGUAGCAAUUCAUGUACUAGACUGUAGAAUCUGCGAGAGAGAAUAAUGCAGUUCGUUUGAUUGAACCAUGAAGACCUCUGUGCCUUUAAAUUAUUGGAGAUGUUCAAAGGAAGGAGAAUGUAAAAUCUAUGAUAGGACAAGUGGAGUGCGAUCUUGUUGUCAUGAAAAUAAUAUUAGAGAAAGAAAAGAGGUUCAUGGGUUCAGAUCAUUUCCCUGUUUCACGAAAUCUUAGAAUUACAUAAUAGAUUUGUGCACGGGUGAUGCUUCUAGAUCUUGAUCAGUGCAAGCUUUAUGUAAACGAGAGAAACACUACCGAAGAUUAGUCCUACCUGAGACAUUAGGAUCACUUUCACUAGAAACGGUAGGAGAAGGUGACUUUUAUACCUAGGAAUGAUUAGUCUACCCGCCAAAGCUGAGUUUUUUUUUUC